AUGUUCGUGUUCCUGAUGCUAUUCAAGUAGAUUGGCGAGCGUCAGGAGUACCAAGUGGAGGCGAGCUUGAAAUUCACGACACCUCAAUGCAUAGCUUAAAGAAACCAAGAGAUACUGCCUACCAAAACCAGAUUUUAGUGAAUUCGAAACCUAUUCACUUUCAUCGCAAACAUAAACCAAGGCAUCACCAUAAACGACACAAGCAUCAUAAGCGGCAUGAACAGCUUCCUAAGAAACAACUGUCCGCAAUCUUAGAAGAGGAUGAUGAGGCCGGACGGACUUCACCGUCAGCUGAAUAUCCUGUAGGUCCCAUUCCCUCGAGCAGCGAGGAUGAAGAGCGUGGUAUAUCUUUUGAGGCGAAGCCUAAGGGCAGAAUAGGACGGUAUCCUUCCUUUGAAAGCAAAGACGUAGGUCCUCACGAACCACUCCUUAAGAAUGUAGAUGAUGAAGAUACCAAAGAAAAAGACGACAGGAAACCCACGGAAGAUUUACCGACAGAGCCUGAUAGUAUUCCCCUGGAUUCGUUUGUGGUACAAGUAGAUAGUGACAAAGGAGAAGACAAGAAUGCUGAAAGCGAAAUGUAAUGACAAAAUUCAUUUAAUUGUAGGUUUAGUAAGCAAUAUAAACCCUUUACUUUUAAAUUAAAUGGAAAUUAAAUUAGUAUUUUAAGCGGUAACGUAUGACAACGAACGAAGGUAGAAAGCCUAGCAACUGGUAAUAACAUUUCGUGUGGCGUUUCACGUUACCUAACAAUUCUCUUGGUCUAUCGAAAAGCAUGUGCUGUCUUAUCUAACGAACCGGACGGAAUGCGAAAUUACAAAAUUUCAGUGAACCUAUUCGUGUUUAACACAUCUAUAACGACAAAGGCUAAACUUGAGAAUGCCCAGCCACUUAAUAUGCGUCUUUAGCACUAGUUUAACUGCCCUUUUUUUAAAUCAUUCUUCGACUUCGUGGGCGUGGGACUGCGGGGGCACUAGUGUAACUGCCCUCUCUUUUCAUUAUUCUUUGACUUCGUGAGCGCAGAACUGCGGAAGCACUGGUUUAAAUUCCCUCUCUUUUAAUGUUAUUCUUCGACUUCGGGAGCGCGGGAGAAUUCGAUUCGUAAUGGUCAAAAGUGGGUAUUCUGAAGUUGCUCCAAGACAAACUAAACAAUAUAU